UUCCCCUCAACUAUUCGAAUGAAUGGUAAUCAGAAAAUUCAUCACUAGAUGUCAGAUGCGUUUGUUUAUUCGAAACCCCGAAGCAACCUGGUGAUCGACGAUCCCUGGGAAAUGUUUCACUGAACGCAUGAUCCUCGGUAGCUCAAAUAAUUCCGAAAAAUGGAUCGCCUAGAGAAGCCCCAGAUAAUAACUCACAUCGAAAAAUCCGUGGAUUAUUCUUUAUUCGAUGCUAAAUGGAUUCCCUGCAGUGCAAAAUUUGUGGUUAUGGGCUCGAGACCCCGGGGUACUGGUAUCAUACAGAUCUACGAAGUCUCCAGUGGUGAAUUAAAACUAAUUAAGGAUAUUGAACGCUCAAACCCGAUCAAAUGUGGUACCUUUAAGGCGUCGAGUCUCAGGGAUAGAUAUUUAGCUACCGGUGAUUUUAAGGGAAAACUCAAUAUUUAUAAUUUAGAAGAUCCAUCCGUCCCAAUUUACUCAGCAAAUGCCCACAGUGAGAUAAUAAAUGCCAUUGACGGCGUGGGUGGUCAGAAUGUUGGCUGUGGUGCCCCAGAGAUUGUAACUGGCUCUCGGGAUGGCAGUGUCAAAGUCUGGGACCCUCGACAAAAGGUUCGACCAGUGGCUGUUAUGGAGCCCAAGGAGGGCGAGUCUCGUCGUGACUGCUGGACAGUUGCCUUUGGAAAUUCUUACAAUUCCGAGGAACGCGUUGUCGCUGCGGGCUACGACAACGGAGAUGUCAAGAUGUUCGAUCUCAAAUCAAUGUCCCUCAGAUGGGAGAGCAAUCUCAAGAAUGGGGUGUGCGGUCUGGAGUUCGACAGAAAGGAUAUUCCGAUGAAUAAACUCGUGGUUACGACACUCGAGUCCAAGCUCUAUCUUUUUGAUCUCAGGACGCAGCAUCCGAAGAAGGGAUUUGCUUACUUAACUGAGAAGGCUCAUAAAUCCACAGUUUGGCUAGUCAGACAUCUUCCGCAAAAUCGCGAAAUCUUCAUGACCUGUGGUGGAGGUGGAUCCCUUUGUCUUUGGAAGUAUAACUAUCCUGAGAAAAGAAAACAAGUGGAUGCAGAUGGAGUUGAGCAGGGAGUGGUGGGUGACGUGAGCCUCCUCCAACACAGUACAAUAUCUAGUCAGCCAGUCAGCUCAUUAGAUUGGUGCCCAGACAAACAGGGCCUCGCCGUCUGCACCGCCUUCGACCAGUGCCUCAGAGUCAUAAUCACAACAAAACUCAAUCUCUAUUAAAAAAUUAUUUUCUCGAUAAAAGAAAUUCUAUUCCCAAUUUAUCUAAUGAUUUACAGUUAAAUUAAAUUAAAUUAUGCAAUCAAUAAACUGAAAGAAUCAUAA